CCAGGAAGUGAACGGAGCUCACGGAGGCACGGAGUUUUCUUUGCAUUAAAUCUAAGGAAGAGACUAAAUCAGCAGAAAAGGGACUAAAAUAUCUGUGAACACAGUGUUUCGUUUGUUUUGGUCUCUGUCCGAGCAGCAGGUUUUUCCUCAUCUAAAUGUGACUGCAGCUGUAUCUCCCUUCAGCAUGCUAUCACAUCAGAAACACCACCUGUCACACCUGCUCCUCACAGUCCUUCUGCUCAGUGGCUGGACAGUGGAAGCAGCUCAGAACGGGUCAGAGGUGGAGGCUGCGUCCUCCAUAGUGAUGACCAACAACCCCUCCAACAGGGACAUCGUGGUGAAGGAGGGAUCCAGCACACUGAUCGAGUGUAAUGUAACUGGACACCACAAUAACAUAAAGUGGUACAACUCUAAAGGACCUCUGCUGGCUGAGGGCGCAGGUGGGAAGUGGCAGAUUCAGGAGGACGGCGUCCUGAACAUCAGUGUGGUCUCCUUUGAGGAUCGUGGCCGCUACACCUGUGUCGCCUCCAGUGGUGCAGGUAGGACCAUAAACUACACCAUCACUCUGCGUGUCGCUUACACCGACAGCGGCCUGGGCCUGUACUAUGUCAUCGUCUGCCUGGUGGCCUUCACCAUCACCAUGAUCCUCAACGUGGCGCUGCUCUGCAUGGUCAGCAGCCACCUCAAGAAGAUGGAGAGAGCCAUCAACGAGUUCUUCCGCACUGAGGGCGCUGAGAAGCUGCAGAAGGCCUUUGAGGUCGCCAAGCACAUUCCCAUCGUCACGUCGGCCAAGACAGUGGAGCUCGCCAAGGUCACGCAGUUCAAGACCAUCGAGUUCGCCCGUCACAUUGAGGAGCUGGCGCGGAGUGUUCCUCUGCCACCUCUCAUCAUGAACUGCCGGACGUACACGGAGGACCCUUUGGCUGACUCUGAAGAGCCAGUCAAGACGGCGAUGUCUGGGAACCGACAGGCCAUAGGCCCGCCCUGCUCUGAUGGUGAUGGAGAGGAGGAGGAGGAAGACGUGUGCCAGGCGCUGCUGUCAAGUGAAAGGCGAGGGAGCGAUGGAGGCGGUGUUAACAUCAAAGUGUCAGUCCACACUGUUUCUGAGAAGCCUGCCAGUGAGAAUAAGGAGACUGAGAAGAGCCUCCAUAUGCUCGCACCAGGCUCACGAGCAAGCGUGUCCUAUGAGAGCAACAUGUAGCCUGACUCAGUUUGAAUCCCAGCAGAAGACACAUUUCUGAGGUCUAAGGUGUAGCUGCAAAUCAGAGAUGAAGAAAUCUAACCCUAACCCUAUCUGCCCCCUAACUCUUGUCAUUCCUGUCACAAGAAGAAAAAGAAACCAAAACUCAGCUUCAUAUGAAGGAGGUUAACAGCCGUAAUGGACAGAGUACUUUAUUUUUUACUCUUUAAUUAAAAGAAUCACAAAUCAGUCAAAUGUACUUGUUGAAUUUCAGCUGUUCUCCACUUGCUUUUCCUUCAGAUGGAUGUCACUUCAUUUGACAUUAUGACCAAAUCUGUGGAAAUCAAAACACUGCUUCCUUUUACCCGAGGAGUCUUUUUCUUCCUCCUUCCUGCUUUAAAUUAUUUUCAUGCAAUGAUUACAUUUUUCUGUCAACACUGGUCUUUAUUCAGGCUUACAGUUGUGUCACAGAAAUAUAAUUUGUUGUUAUUUUUCAUGUUAGUGCGGUGGUUUCUGUUCUCUGUGUGUGUCUGAACACAGCCUGAGUAACAGCAGAUAUCAGAACUCCUCCUCCCUCAGAAGACGCCAGUUGCUGCUGCUCACUUUUGUUCACUGUGACAGUCACUCAUCUCCCAUGAACAAAAUGUUGUAAUGAAAUAUCCUUAUUUCACUGUGUCAGUUGUUUUCAUGUUGCUGCUUCCUGUCAAUCACCUUACAUGCAGGAAGAAGUGGAAGAUAUAGAAAUAAGCUCUUUAAGCCUUGAUUGAAUUGAAUGUCUUUGUUAGUCAGGACAGACAAUAAUCACAGGUUAGAUUUUACUUAAAAGAAAAGUUUGCAUUUUCUUUUAACUAUAAGAAAUAUAAGCUUGCAUGUGGUUUUUUACAGCACACACCAAGCUUCCAGCUACUUUACCUCUUUUUUUUGGUCAAUAUUUUGUACUGCUGUGUCUUUUCAUAUGUGCUGUUUCUGUGUGAAUUGAUUUCAUAUUUAAGGGUGUUUAAAUAUUUUAGAAUAAUGCUGCAGGGGCAGUCCUCAGGGAUGGAAGACAACUGUUUUUGUUUUUUUUUCUGACCACAAAAAAAAAACAAACUAU